UCACAAAACCCUACCGACGCUUUAUGUGUGCUUAAAGCGUUAAAAGACCGGUAUCGUUGUCCGCCUGGUGUCAGUAGCAAACUACGUUGCUCGCUGUCGAGACUGUGGAAGGCGCUACAGCCGCAUUGUUCAAUUGCUGUACGGCGGCUGUAUGGGCAUGGAGCACCACUAUGGAGGCCUGAACCGGCGGGCCCUCAUGUUCGUCCUCCUAUUGAUGGCUGUCGCUCUAGCGGACGAAGACCAUCUUGAAUCAUCAGAUGCCACAACACCAGAUCUCACCACCGACACCUCUAUUCCAUUUACCGAACGUGAUGAAUUUCCGAACGAUGUGGAGACUGACGACGAUGCAUCCAUGAUGCUUGCCGUCGAAAAGACAACAACGACUCAUGUGUGUCAAGCACCAGCCGAUCCGGGUCCUUGCACGGCCGAAUUGAUCAAAUUCUUUUAUGAUUCUACGGCUCAACGAUGUCGCCAGUUUAUCUAUGGGGGAUGCGAUGGAAAUGAAAACAAUUUCGUCACGGAAGCAGAAUGCCUGCAAACGUGCGGCCACGCUCUAGUCGGCCAACCCCUUAGAGAUAAUUACAACAACGAUUUUCCCACGGAUACUUCUCCAUCCUACGCUGACAAAGACGAAAUUCUAACACUUGCUAACGGUCAGGGCGAGACUUCUUUCACUUUCUCGGCCGAAUAUCCUUUCAUACAGCUAAAAGCCGUUGAUAUUAGCGCAUUCAAACUUCGGCAAAUUAGGGAAAUCCAUUUCGAAUUCCGUUCGCCGGAAGCGCAAGGCUUGUUGCUAUAUCAAACGCUGAGAAAUCCGCCUCCAGACGAACCCAAAUACGAAUUGUAUGUCCUUUUAGAAGGCGGGGAACUGAAAACGAUUCACGUUUUUGGCGCCAAUGAAACCACGCUAUUGGUCGGCAAGGGUCUCAAUCGCGAUUGGUGGCAUCGCGUCAAGAUCAACGUUGAUCCAACGAUCGCAUCCCUGCAAGUACAAGUGGACGACGAAACACAGUCCAUAGUGAUUGAAGGGCUCGACAAAGACGCCGGUUAUGGACGACGCCAACACAUCAACUCGACGCUCUUUAUCGGAGGCAUGAACUGGGCACAAGAUGAGGUGGAAUCCAGUUACCUUUUUGAACACUUUGUCGGUUGUCUAAGGAACGUGCAACUUAAAACUGGAUCUGAUUUAAGCAUCGUUCAACCUUUAAAGGCCUCCGCACAUCGAGACAUUGUCGAAGGAUGCGUUGACAAGUGCAAAGCAGGUGAAAAUCGAUGCCGCAACGGAGGGAAAUGUUUGAAUCGUUAUCACAGCACUGCCUGCGACUGUUUUGGCACCAAAUAUGAAGGCGACAGCUGUGAUUAUGACAGUGCAACAACCAUCACACUUCGAGGCUAUUCGUACAUCUCCUACCGCAUCUACGACUGGAAAGAUCGUGCCCACUCCGAAUCUAACCGUAUCAGCGUCAUAUUUCGCGCGCUGAUGGGGGAUUCCAUUCUUUUCUACGCCGGGGGAACCUUUCCCUACACCAAUCAUGUGGCCGUUACCUUAUUGGCGAAUAGUUCACUAUACGUCGAAGUGGACUUCGGUGACGGACCGCAUGGAGUGCAUUUAGGGGAAGAUUUGACAACGGGUGUCUGGAACAAUUUCACUCUGGUUCAUAACGGAAACGUCCUGAAUUUCAUACUCAACGGACGUGAGCAUAAGAUGAUUGUCCAAGGAUCUCGUUAUUACUUGCGUUUCGACCCGCACAUUUUCGUCGGUGGUGAUCGCAAGCCUUUAGGGCUAGGACUCCGUUCCAGCAACAAUUUCGUUGGCUGUUUGUCCGAAGUCUAUUUCAACGACGUCUCCAUCUUGCAGAAAUUGCGAACCAAUUCCCCGCACGUCUUGUACCACAGCAUUUUUCGGCCCGAGAUAGGCCAAUGCAAGGACGUACCCGUCGUUCCAAUCACCCUUCCAUUCCAGGAAUCUAAACUGUCCAUUAGCUUGAAAACGGUUCCUUCGUCAGAGCAAAAACUGCAGAUUAAUCUCGGCUUUAAAACACGCAACUCAACGGCUGUCUUAGCUCACGGCACUGGCAUAACGGACAACGGCAACGUUGGCUUGUGGGAGUUGAAACUCAAUAAAGGCGAAAUGCAGUUCCGGAUCUUUGAAGACGCCAGCAACGAAUCGCUGAGUGUCACUGUCUUGAAGAAAGGGCAACGCUUGGCCGAUGGAUCGUGGCAUCAAGUCCACCUAGUCUACGGACUAGAUGGCGUCAGUUUGGCUGUUGAUUAUCGUAGACCAGAAUUCAAAAACCUGAAUCAAGCAAACGUGCCUACGCUUACAUUAGAUGAAGAUUCCGUCAUUGUAAUUGGAGUCGGCUAUCUAGACUCCCAGCCUGGAUUUAUCGGUUGCAUACGGGAUCUUGUUUUGAAUCGUAGAAAGCUUGAUCCUCGAGCUUUGCUCUAUACGGCCGAAGUCCGCGAAAUAUCGCUCGACAAUUGUCAGUUGGUUGACCCUUGCCAUCGUCCAAACGCUUGUGAACAUGGUGGAUUGUGUAACGUUGACGAAGGCCGCGUAGUUUGCGAUUGCACGGGGACAGGCUACACUGGAAAGAACUGCCAUUUCGCUUUGUACAAGAGGACUUGCGAAGAGUUGGCACUGUUAGGGUACAUGAAGAGCGGGGUCUACGAGAUUGAUAUCGAUGGCAAUGGACCUCACCCUCCGGCUCACGUUCGAUGUGAAUUUGAGGCUAACAGCGGUGUACGCAAGACGGUGGUUGAACACAACCUUCCUCACGAUGCUGAAAUUCGAGGCCUCAGCAUGGAUGAUGUGGUUUUUAACUUGACCUAUCGGGAAUUCAGUGCUGAAAUGUUGCAAAGUUUGAUAUCGCAGUCGCUUCAGUGUAAACAAAUCCUUCGAUACGAUUGCUACAAAGCUCCGAUCGAACUGCAUUCGUACACCUGGUUCCGUUCGGCUGCAGGAAAUUUACUGGAUUCAAUUCCUUUAGGCAAAGCGAAACCUGGCCGAUGCCCUUGUUCACAAAACCAAAACUGCAAGCACUCGAGCGUGUUCUGCAACUGCGACGCAGAUGAACCCCGUUGGCUGUCUGACGAAGGAUACUUGACGCAGCCCGAAGAUUUGGGAAUCACUCAGAUUUUCGCGCUCCAGCAGCGCAAACUUGUGCCCCAAUCCGAAGGUCGAAUCACCCUGGGACCGCUGGAAUGUGUAGAAGCGAACACGCAGCAGUACGUAGUUACGUUCAAAUCGCCAGACUCGUACAUGGAGGUUCCAGGAUGGCAUCGUGGAGAUUUGGCAUUCAGUUUCCGAACAUCCAGUGAAAGGGCUAUCCUACUUUACCAACCUCUGUUGCACCCAAAACAUCCGUACUUUAGAGUUCUUCUUGUCAACGAUCACAAAUUAACACUCGAGUUCUCAAUUAACGGCGAGCCGCGAAGCGUUACCGUGAAAAGCUCGCGUGACCUCAACUCUGGCGAAUGGCAACAAGUGUGGAUCGAUUACAACGAGUACCAUGUCAGAUUCACCGUCAACCAAGAAUCCAUCCUUGUCGAUUUGAAUGACGGUGAGGAAUUUGGACCGUUCGAAGCCACUUUAUUCAUCGGUGGCGCGCCAGAGGAAAUGCUUGGUUCCGAAAUGGCACCUCAUACCGAUGGUCUUGUCGGAUGCUUCCGAGGUUUGGUUAUGAACAACGAAGUUGUGAAUCUGUAUGCGUACAUGAACGCUCGCUUCCCCGAUAUGAUCCAGAAACAUUGCCGACCGUCAUGCGAUCCCAAUCCGUGCAAAAAUGGAGCGUCUUGCGUCGAGUUCUGGGGUUCUUACAAGUGUGUCUGCAAGAAUCCUCUGGCGCAUUUCGGAUACAACUGUGAGAUUGACAUCAACCAAAACGCUAUAACUUUCCGUACUGCCACAUCAUUCGUGGAGGCUAACGCCACGACAUUUGACAUUGCCAAGAACAUGGGACUGAGUGGAUUCUUCCAACAAGAUAUACUCAUCAACCUUCGAACGUUUGAUAGCCGUUCGCUGAUCUUCUAUGCUUACGAUUACCACAACAAUUUCGUCCAGUUGCACAUCGAAGAUGACAAUCAGGUGGUCUUCACUUUUAACUCUGCCAACACAAUCCACAGCGUUUCGACCGUCGUCAAGGGUUUAACCACUGGAGACUCGAUUCAGAUCCUGAUUGACCGCGAACCAGAAUCGACUACAUUACAUGUCAAUACAGAAAAGAGUACUGUGGAAGCGCCUCUUCUUUUAAUGGACACCUAUGCUCGAUCUCCGUGGGUGAACAAGGAAAAGGAAAUGAUCAGACCACCUAGACCUGUUCGGCGGCCUGAGGAGUUCUACCAGGUUUUCCUUGGUGGAGUUGACCAGGACUACAUGACCACGUCUCUUGGUGGUUACACUGGCUGCCUGCGUGGUUUGAGCGUCGGUGGCAACAUCCUGGAUCUAACAUCGAAGGGUGCUGAAGGUAUCGGGCGUGAUGUUAAAGAUUGGCUUCCAUUUGGUAAAACAUUCCUGGCCACCAACUGGGCAGCUAGAGCAAGUCUUGCCUACCAAGACCGAGACGCCUCACAAGACGGAGGCGAAGAAUCUGGAGUUGUGCAUAGUUGCAAUAUGCUUUGCGACCAACAACCGUGUCAAAACGAGGGCGUUUGUCUCGAAGAUUUCCGAUCAAACACUUAUCAUUGCGAUUGCGAGAUGACGUCGUAUUCAGGCCCUUAUUGCACGGAAGAAAAGGGAGCGCAUUUUCGCGGAGAUUCAUACAUCACAGCGCAUUACGCUUCUUUGGACUUGGACGCCAUCAAAAUUCAACUGGCGUUCUCAACGACUGCCGUGCGCAAUAUCGCACAAGCUUUGCUAUUGAUUCAAACAAGCAAAGCGAAGACUAAAUAUCUUUUAGUAAGCUUAACGGCUCUCGGCUAUCUGAGAAUUGAAGACGAUCGCGGCAAUGGCAUUGUUUACGGUGCUGAGGUGAAAACCAUCAAUUUUCUUAACGGUGCUCGCCAUUCGGUUUACUACAAGCGCAAUGGGGCUAAUGCCGUAUUGUUGGUCGACAGAGACGAUGUUCCACUUCGUCCGUUAAGCACAUCGAUACAUCCAGACGGACUGGCUGAAGUUACUGAUGAAAAUGCUAUCCACGUCGGCGGAGUUAAGGUCACCAAUGACCCGCGUUUCACUGACUACGAUCACUUUGACGGAUGCAUAUCAAAUGUUGUGGUAGAACUGGACGAUAAUCAGUUACACCCACUGCUGGCUUACCUUGGUUACCAGAGAUCCGGACUUGAAGCGGUAACUUCCCACGAUCCAGAAGGUAUCGAGGAGGAAGCGAGAUGUGCAGCAUUUUCAGUGACACCUCCCGGAGUGGUUGAAGAUGACAUGGAUUCUUACAAUGAUACAUCCGACGAGGAAUGGCGUCCUAAGCCUCCGCUGAUACUUCCGUACAAGCCCGUAUUUGUCGGCCCGGCAAAUUACGACCCAACUACGUCAAACAGGAUCCUGGUUGGAUUGGGUUGCAUCUUCCUUGCUGGACUGAUUGCGCUAACCAUCUACUUGUGCAAGACUCACCGCCGUAGCAAGAGGCGCCAAUAUUUGCAAGACGACGAACAAUUUUUGAUUUUCCCAUCGUCGGCGCAGAAAGCACCUAUUCGUCCUGCUUUGCGGAAUAAUCCUAUCCGAAAUGUAGGUGUCACAGCUCCGGUUGCUCACGUCCUGGAUAUCCCAAAACUCGAAUCACAGUCUGGCUUCAAUUGCUUGAAAAACGAGGUCAUCCCAACCAGUGGCACUCAAAUAGUGUACAAUUUAUUGGAAUCAAUCUCCAAUCAAGAAAAUGAGAAUCCAUUAGAAAAACCGAGUGAUAUCCCGUCUGAUGCGAUUCCGUACUUGGACGACCAAGAGGUGGACACCUUAAUGUCGGACAUCUCAGAACAAAGCCGAGAAGUCACAUCAAGUUUUGACGAAACAGGGACGAUUUCACGUGGCUCUCUGGAAGGGUCUGAGACUCAACUAGAAGGAUUGCCAUCCGCGAGCAGUAAUGACACCGAAGCGCCACAUCCCUCUGAAGAAACAUCGUCUGCUGCAGCCCUAGUGGCAUGCAUGCCAUUAGCGAUCGAGAUGGUAACUGAUGUGCUACGAAACGCGCAAAACAUCCUGGAAAACGAUGCCGAGUUGGACAAGGAAAUAGACUUGAUUAAUUUAUCACAAUUAGUACCAGAAAACAACGUACGUGGCGAUAUCGACCCAAACCACGAUGCUGAAGCAGAAGACGAAAACAAUGUAGCCGACCAUCCUGCCCCUCUAGCCGAUACUUCACUCGAUUCGAAUGCAGAUCCUUGCACGAAUGACGACAUUCUAACUGUCCCCAAAAAGAGGGCACCCAUUGAACGCAUUAGCGAAGCAUUCCUUUCCGACGACGAUGACGAUGGAUCAGUUAGCGUCGCCAACACGGAAAAGGAGCUGGCUGAUGCGGAAUAUCCGAUGGACAGCAAUCAACAAACUCAGCAACCAAAAGCAGUAACCAGAAACACUGUUACAAAAGACAAUCAGUUUUUCCUUAUGCCUCGGUAUGGUGCAGAAAGUGUACGCAACUAUGCUAACCCGUUAAGUUAUCUAGGAGGCCCACGCCUGCUUACAAAAAAUCUACAAAAAACUUCCAAAGAAUCUAUUUUAUCGAUUGAUGAAUAAUAGUAUAUAGCAAGCAAUGGCAGACUUGAAUGCCUCAUUGUUCCGAAAAAUACCCGCCUUUCGGUAUAUAUUGUGAUUGACGGAGCAAAAAAUGCUGUGUUGUACCUUAGAGUGUAAAAAAUAA